GCCAAAGACGCUGGAUCUGCGGGAUAUGACGAGACGUGGGCUGAUGAAGCUGAAGCUCAGAAAUAUGAGUGCAUGAUCUGCAAGUGCGUGGCACGUUCCGCCCUCGCGCCAGCUUGUUGUGGCGAGCUUUUCUGUGAGCUCUGCUGGGUGCGAUGUCAAGGCCGAGAAGCCAGGUGUCCACACUGCCGUCAGGAUACUGUCCUAGCAGAUGCGGCGCACAAAGAUAGAAAGAUGAUUCAAAAUUUGGAGAUUCACUGUAGCUAUGGCUGCGGCGAUGUUCAUCGACUUGGAAACAAAGAAAGGCACGCCAACGAGUGCUUGAGACGGCCCGUGCGCUGCCCACGUUGUGAUGAAGAUUUAGAAGCUGUGGAGUUGGAGCAACACUUGGCGAGCUGCCAGGCUAGCUAUGCUUUCUGCAAACUCUGUGGUGAGCGAUAUGUCGCCGAUGAAUUGGAGGAGCACCUUGCCUCGAACGUCGGCAAACACAUGAAGGCCAUGAUGGGCGCUCUUCAGGAAUUGGAUGUCCUUCGCGCGGAAGUGGCCCAGCUCAAAGCUGUUGAUAAGGUCCAAAAAGCUCGUGAAGGUCGCGGAGGCGGCAUCCUGGCUCCGCCCGAGGGAGGCUCUAAAGCCUCGAAGGCCGCGGGGACGUUGUGGCACCCGGGCCGAAUCUGUCCCAAGCCCAACGGUAUCAAGCGCGAGAACUCCGAGGAGUCGAUCAAUUGGGAAGAUGGCUAUGGUUUUGAUGAGUAUUCUGUGGGAUGGCGCUCGGGAGACCUCACAGCCACGUUUCCCAAGACCGCUUCGGGCCGUGAGUUUGGCCCGUCCUUCUGGUCCUGCUGCGGCGGCUUACACGACGCCGUGGGCUGCCAACGGCGCCACGUCGAGCCACGGAACUAG